AUGUCCAACAAUCUCGUAUCACAGCAGUUAUCAGGACAGGGCAUCCAAAUGGGUCAGCUGGAACAUAUUUCAAACAAAUUGGACUCAUCGAUGCAAAUGGGGUUGAUGGAACCCAGAAUCCAUGAUCCUGCACUACAACAGAUGUCCAUGUCAAACAUGCAAAUGGGACUGAUGGGACCAAGUUCUGAUGCUCUAUCGCAGCAGAUUUCAAUAUCUAGCAACCAAGUACAGUUGUCAGAACCUAUGUCUCAUAACCAUGUUUUGCAGAAUUUCACAGCACCAAAUAUGCAAACAGGACAUAUGGAACCACGAGCUUACAACUUGGUUACUGAGAAAUUCUUACCAAAGAGGCAACUGGGAGACGUGGAAACCAUGUUUCAUAAUACUGGAUCACAGCAGCCAUCACCAUUGAGCAAGCGUAAGGCCCCAAUGGAACCUUCAUCUAUGUCACAGAAGUUAUCAACGCCUCACAAGCGGGUAGCGCAAAUGGAACAUAGGCCAUGGUUGCAGCCAACUCCAGCACCAAAUAAACUGCCUGUACAGAAUCAGUCUAUUUCAAAUAUCUCUGUGUCAAAUCGUCCACAAGCACCAUCGAAAAGGUCAACUGGUAAAACUGGAUUGCAGCAAUCAUCAGUUCAGAAAAAUCAAACUGGACAGAUGCAGCCAUUUUUGAAGGCUCGCAAUGAGUCCGACUCUGUGAGAUCCAAGCUGAGGCAAUCACUAGCAGAUGCACUGGCUCUGGUUUCUCAACAGCAGGAUAAAACUUCAAGUUCUGGAAAGAACUCUGAAGGUGAUGCUGCAAGUGUUCAAGCGUGGAAACACGAAGAGACUAAACCUAGUGGACAAACUGCUGGUGCUGCUGAUACUGUUGACCAUAUGUCUGAAGAGCCCAGGGAAUCUGGGUCUGCCAAGGAUGAUUCUAUUACCCAAAACCAUUCUGAUGGCCAAAAGACAUCUCAGGAAACUUCCAACACUGAUUCAACACAGACCUCAAACCAUGAUGGGCAGGAAUUACAAUCCAGUGUUAUUUUCCGUGAUGAGGAUGUUUCAUUUAGUGACAGCUUUUUUGUAAAAGAUGAAUUAUUGCAGGGAAAUGGGUUGUCCUGGGUAUUGGAACCUGAUGCAGAGAUGGCAGAGAAAAAGGAGUUUGAAACUGCCCAAAAGCAGCAGGGCCAGGAGCAUAUCAGCAAAGAUAUUGGAAAACAAGUAGUCCAGGAUCCCCAACUUUUGGCAUCUGAAAUCGAAGCAGAACUCUUCAAAUUAUUUGGAGGAGUGAACAAGAAGUAUAAGGAAAAGGGCAGGUCUCUUUUGUUCAAUUUGAAGGAUCGUAGUAAUCCUGAACUGAGAGAAAAAGUUAUGUCAGGAGAGAUAUCCCCAGGGCGACUGUGCUCUAUGACUGCAGAGGAACUUGCAUCUAAGGAGCUUUCUGAAUGGCGGAUGGCAAAAGCGGAGGAGCUUGCUCAAAUGGUGGUUUUGCCUGAUUCAGAUGUUGAUAUCAGACGUUUGGUGAAGAAAACUCACAAGGGUGAGUUUCGAGUUGAAGUUGAACAAGAUAGUGUCACAGAGGAGGUUGCUGUUGGUCCAAGUUCAUUCACUCAGACGCGACCAAAAUCAGAAGAGAAAGAAGCCUCUCCGCGUUCUAGACCUGAUAAAAUGAAAGACAAAGUGAAUGCUGCUGAUGACAAGAGUAACUUAGAAGACAAGGGCGCAUCAUAUACGCUUACAAUUCCUUCUAGUGAAGGGAACGAUUUGAUGCAAGGACUCAUGGUGGAUGAUGAGUUGAAGGAUGCAGAAUUUCUUCCUCCAAUUGUUUCUCUGGAUGAAUUCAUGGAAUCCCUUGAUUCUGAACCACCAUUUGAAAUUUUACCAGUGGAUGCUGGAAAAGCAACACCCACCUCUGACAACGAUGAUUCACAGGUUGGGUCAGAAUCUAAGUCUCCUGCCAUAAAUACAAAAUAUCCAGUUGGUAGUGCUGCAGAAAAAUCUAAAAACGUCAAGGUAACUAACACAUCAUCUGAAUCUGAUGGGAAAUCUGUCAACAUUCGUGUAGAAUCAGAAACGACACCCUCUGUUGGUGUAUCCAAGGGAGAACAUGUCUGGGAAGGCUUACUUCAGCUGGGUAUCUCCACCACGUCCUCGGUUAUUGGCAUCUUUAAAAGUGGUGACAAAACAUCUGCAAAAGAGUGGUCUGGCUUCAUCGAGGUCAAAGGGAGAGUCAGACUUGAUGCAUUUGAGAAGUUCCUCCAGGAGCUUCCAAUGUCCCGAAGUCGUGCUGUUAUGGUUGUACACUUUGUUUACAAGGAGGGGUCCACCGAAAGUGAGAGGGCAAGUCUUGUAGAGGGGGCCGAUUCGUAUAUUUUGGAUGAGAGAGUGGGUUUCGCUGAACCUGCUCAUGGAGUGGAACUUUAUUUAUGCCCACCUCAUUCAAAGACACGUGAAAUGCUCAUCAAGGUCCUUCCAAAGGACCAACUUGAGGCCCUUAACGCUAUUGAUAAUGGUCUAAUUGGUGUUAUUGUAUGGAGAAAAGCUCAAAUAACGUCAACGAUAUCACCCACCUCUGCAUCACACCAUAAACACAACUCAAAAAAGCAACAGCACUUCACCUCUAGGAGACACCAAGAAAAGGACACUAAUAUGAACGUGAAUAUUCCAUCAAAACAUCCCUUGCCACUUCGUAGUGACCCCACACCUGAUGAAGACGACGACGACGACGUGCCUCCCGGGUUUGGGCCACCUACUAGCCGGGAUGAGGAUGAUUUACCUGAGUUCAACUUUUCUAGUGGCUCUGUUGCAUCAAGGUCACAGUUUUCGAACCAAAAUCCCACUAGGGGACAGGGAAUGUCCCCUCUCAAUGCAUAUCCCCAAACCCCAUCUCGACCUGUAGAUUUGAGAGAGCUUGUACACAGAUAUGGGCAACCUAAAACUAACGUUCCACCAGUGCAGCCAUGGAAUGAUGAUGACGACGACGACGAUGACAUGCCAGAGUGGCACCCAGAAGAAACCCAACAUCAGCGUACUCAGUCAACGCAUGCGCAAGUUGUACAGCAGCCUAUUCUAAGAGCCCACAUGGUGCAGCAACCGGUUCAUCAGACAAUGGCACCAUUAGGAACAUCUCCAGCCGUGCCUCAAGCGAAUAUGAUACAUGGUCAACAAAAUGCUGCCCCUCCUUGGCAGCAAGGCACUUGGGUGGCUCCUCAGCCUGGACCUCAUGGCCAUCCUCCGUAUCAAUCUAGCGGUGGGCAAGUGUAUGGCUCGCCCCGGCAGCAAGGGGUGGCUUGGCGUAGAGAUGCCCCUAAAAAGCUGAAUUUGGUUCAUGUUGACCCAAGAUUAUCAGUGCACAUGAAGGAAUAUUCGGGAUGCACGAUGCUUGCAGUAGGAGAUGGCGAUGCAGAUGCACAAACUUUCUCUUGA